AUGAAUCCAAUCCUUGAAUCAUUCCUCUCGCUUCUCAUCCCGGCCGUCAUUCUGCUCCACCUGGCGUGGGCCCCUUACACCAAAGUCGAAGAAUCAUUCAACAUCCAGGCCGUCCAUGACAUCCUCGUCCAUGGCAUCCCCACUGAAAAUGCCUCCGAAUUUCUUGCUCAGCACUAUGACCACGUUUCCUUUCCUGGUUCCGUUCCCCGCACCUUCUCUGGCGCAUUGGUGCUUGCCGGCUUGUCCAGACCAUUUGUGCCGUGGCUGAGCUCGCCGCCCCAGGUGCAAUUGCUUGUCCGUGCAAUCCUGGGCUUGCUCAAUGCCUUUGCCCUACUUUCCUUCCGCAGGGUCGUGUGGAAAGUUUUCGGCAAAGCUGCCAGCAACUGGUUUGUCUUGUUCCAGGCAACCCAGUUCCAUCUGAUGUUCUACGCAUCUCGCACUCUGCCCAACAUGUUCGCUUUCGCAAUGAGCACUUUCGCAUUGAGCUUCUAUCUGAAGUCCCUCACCAACCCUAACUGGCUCUUCUCUGCCAAACAGCUGCGCCUUUGCUUCUACCUUCUUACUAUUGCGGGCAUAGUCUUCCGCUCCGAGCUGGCCAUCCUGCUCGGCUGCCUCGUCCUCCACCAGCUUCUGCAGCGCGUCCCAUCCACAGGCCUCCUCCCCUUCCUGCGCUUCGUCAUCCCCUCGGGCAUCGCCGGUGCCGUCAUCGGCCUGCUCAUCACCGUCCCCAUCGACACCUUCUUCUGGCGCACCUACCCCAACCCGCUCUGGCCCGAAUGGUCCGCCUUCGCAUUCAACACGCUUCACGGCCACGCCUCCGACUGGGGCACCUCGCCCUUCCACUACUACUUCCUUUCCGCCCUGCCCAAACUCCUCAUGAACCCCCUUACCUACACCAUCCUCAUCCCCCUCUCCGUCCUCAACGCCGCAACCCGUGGUCCCUGCACCGCGCUUCUCGCCCCCUGCCUCUCCUUCGUCGCCAUCUACAGCCUGCUCCCGCACAAGGAGUGGCGCUUCAUCAUCUACGUCGUCCCCGCCCUGACGGCCUGCGCCGCCGCAAGCGCGGGCUGGAUCUCCACGCGCUACACCAAGGCCGCCGCGUACCGCGUCGCGACGUGGGCGCUGCUGGCCUCGGUCGCGCUGUCGGCCGCCGCCAGCGCCGCGCUGCUCGCCAUCUCCGCCCAGAACUACCCCGGCGGCGCCGCGCUCGUGACCCUGCACAACCGCGUCGCCGUCGACGAGUUUUUCGGCGGCGCGCCGCUCGCCCCGCGCUUCAGCGUGCACCUCGACAACCUCGCCUGCCAGACCGGCGUCACCCACUUCCUCGAGAAGGGCGGGCCGCGCCUGCUGCAGCACGCAUCCUCGUCCGACGACGACAGCGGGAAGAAGCAUCAGCGCGACGGCGAGUGGGCCCUGCGCGCCGACGGCGGCAUCGAUUGGAUCCCGUACUCGGACGAGGAAAAGGCCCAGAAGGCCAAGGAGGCGUCGUUGUCGUCGUCCGAGCGCUGGGUCUACGACAAGACCGACGAUCCAGACGCCCUGCUCGACCCGGCCUUCUGGAACCGCUUCGAGUUCGCCCUGAUGGAGCGUCCCGAGAAGGCCAUUGGCAAGUGGGAGGUCGUGGACGUCAUCUACGGCUUUGGCGGUAUCAAGGUCGUGCGGCCGGGAGAGGUGCUGGGGACUGUGUUGGGCGGUGUGGAGGAAGGACUGGGGCCGAGGAGUGAGAGUUUGAGGCGCUUGGUUUUGGGUGUGGAUGAACGGAAGACCGGAUGGGUGUGGGGUGCGUUGGAGGAUUGGGUGAGGGAGAAGGUGAUGAGGGGUUGGUGGGUGGGUGUCAGGAUGGAGCCGAAGAUUAGGAUUCUGAAGAGGCUGCCGGUGGUGUAG